UACGGCUACCAUUUCUAUUUUCUGCUUCUACUCUCCCUCUCUCUGCAACCUCCAUUUUUCUUCCCUGCAAAACUCUUGCAUCCAAUGUCGCCCACCCUGCAACUUUCCUCUCUACCUUCUUCUCCUUCUUCUUCAUUCUCUGCUUCUAAGGUUUCUCAAUCCCGUUCGCUUCUUCUGAUGUAUCCAUCUCUAUUUCCUCUGUCAAUGUUAGUGUUAUUGUUGUUUCUGUACUGUGUUUUUCUUCAACGGCGGCACUCAAGGCACAAGCGUCUUCCCCCUGGCUCAAUGGGCUGGCCUUAUAUAGGAGAAACCCUCAAGCUCUACACUGAAAAUCCAAAUUCCUUUUUCGCCGUCAGACAAAAAAGGUAUGGGGAUAUAUUCAAGACCCACAUACUAGGUUGUCCCUGCGUGAUGAUUUCAAACCCAGAUGCAGCUAGAAGUGUCCUGGUCAGCAUGGCUCAUCUCUUCAAACCAACUUACCCACCAAGCAAAGAGAAAAUGAUAGGACCAGAAGCCAUCUUCUUCCACCAAGGUGCCUACCAUUCAAGGCUGAAAAAACUGGUGCAGGCCUCAUUUUUGCCCUCUUCAAUUAGGGACUCUGUCAGUGAGAUUGAGCAGAUUGUUUUGAGGUUCCUUCCCACUUGGGAGGGCACAACUAUCAAUACUUUGCAAGAAAUGAAAAGGUAUGCUUUUGAUGUGGCAAUGAUCUCUGCAUUUGGAGACAAACAGGGGUUGGAAAUGGAAGAAAUUAAGCAACUUUAUCAGUGCUUGGAGAAGGGUUAUAAUUCCAUGCCAUUGGAUCUUCCUGGAACUCCAUUUCGCCGAGCAAUGAAGGCAAGAGAGCUUCUGAAUGAAAUGUUGAAGAAGAUGAUAGAGAAGAGAAGGGAAAGUGGAGAAGAAGGUGGGGGAUUGUUAGGAGUGUUAUUGGGAGCUAAAGAUGAUCAUAACCAGAAGCUUAAUAAUUAUGAGCAUCUGCUUAGUGAUUCUCAGAUUGCUGAUAACAUAAUUGGAGUCAUCUUUGCCGCACAUGACACAACAGCAAGUGCUUUAACUUGGCUCUUAAAAUACUUGCAUGACAAUCAGGAUUUACUCGAAGCUGUCGUGAGGGAACAAGAAAGCACUCGACGCAAAAUAGCAGAAGCGGAUCGCGUGCUUGCGUGGGAUGAUACCAGGCGAAUGCCAUUGACGACUCGGGUGAUACAAGAGACACUGAGAAGAGCAAGCAUCCUGUCUUUUACUUUUAGAGAAGCUGUCCAAGAUGUUGAGUUUGAAGGCUACUUUAUCCCUAAAGGUUGGAAGGUUUUACCUCUCUUCCGGAUCAUUCAUCACUCUGCAGAUUUCUUCCCUCACCCCGAUAAAUUUGACCCUUCAAGAUUCGAGGUGCCAGUGAGACCGAACACGUACAUGCCAUUUGGAAAUGGAGUGCACUCAUGUCCAGGCAGUGAGCUGGCUAAGCUUGAGAUGCUUGUCCUCCUACACCACCUCACCACCACUUACAGGUGGCAAGUUGUGGGAAAGGAGGAUGGAAUACAGUAUGGACCUUUUCCUGUUCCCAAACGAGGCUUACCCAUAAAGGUAACGUCAAGGAACAAAAAGGCAAAGCCAAUAUGAUUAUCGAGGAA